UUUCUCUCCGGCGUGGGAUUGUGGCAAUAGCGGUGGGAGUGUUUCCAUCUGUCAGCUCUCCUCCUUUUGAUAGCGACAGAUUUCUCUCUAUUCAACUUCUCUGAAAACGCCAGCAGCAGCCCUAUUCUUUUCCUCCCCGUCUUCUGCAGCACUAGCUCGGUCGCCAUCUUCUGCGAUAUAGCUUUAGGCAGCGCUGCCGCUUCUGUUUUAAUAAGCUUGGUAGAUUGCUGGUUGCAUGCACACGUCUUUGCAUUGGGAAAUCAGCGCACGUCCGACAGAGAUCUGCCCGGUUACACAGGUGAAACACCAUUUUCCGCAUUUGGUGGAAAGGAUUGUAUAAGGUAGCUUAGCUAUCUGGACAUCAUCAGCUGGACGGGCCGGCAGCGGGUCAGACUGACAGCGCCUGGAAAAGCCUGCUGUGAGACUCCCGGUUCGUCCGUCUGUCUGUCUGUGCCUGUCCCGCUCUCCGCCCCCCCCCCCUCUGGGUGGAGAGAGACCGACGCCGGCCGCCUCGUUUCCCCCCACCCCCCCACCCCCGGACACUGGAGCCCCUCCCCCCCACGGUAUUAGCACCACUCCCUGAGGACGCCUCGCACCUGGAGCCACUUUCGGGGUGUCCGCCAUGAGCGAGUUCUGGUUGUGCUUCAACUGCUGCAUAGCGGAACAGCCCCAGCCGAAACGGCGGCGGCGCAUCGACCGGAGCAUGAUCGGCGAGCCCACGAAUUUCGUCCACACGGCGCACGUCGGCUCGGGCGACCUCUUCAGCGGGAUGAACUCUGUGAACUCGAUUCAGAACCAAAUGCAGUCGAAGGGCGGGUACGGCGGGGAGGCCAUGCCCGUCAACGUCCAGAUGCAGCUGGUGGACACGAAGGCCGGGUAACCUCUGUAGCGAAUGUUAGCGAGUCACUGAAAUGUGUUUUCUCAUCCUGGACCUUCCGCCUGCCUCCAGCGACUGCCUUCCAUCCUGCCCUGUGAGAACUAAGGGACAAUUUGCCAACCCCACACACACAUAAAACACACACACACGCACGCACACACACACGCACACACAACUUACACACACUCACACACACAUACUGCACAUCCACUCUCAUACACACACAUACACACUCACGUGCACACACACACACACACACACACACACACACUCAUUCCUUGGUGACCACUCUUCAUGCAAACACAUGGACAGUCCUGCGUUCUUCUGGAAGGAGGCCGUCCUCUCUGGACACAUGCUCUUCCUUCGGCUCUCUGAAGACCAGGAAUCACCUGCAUUCACCUCCUCCCAGACACUCUUUCACCUCUUCCUUGACUCUCUUUCAUCUCCUCCCUGGUUCUCUUUCACCUCCUCCUAGACUUUCACCUCCUCCCAGACUGUCUUUCACCUCCUCCUAGACUCUUUCACCUCCUCCCAGACUGUUUCACCUCCUCC